AUGUCCACAGGAAUGAAAUCUGUCGCAUACUUCGUGAACUGGGCAAUCUACGGCCGUGCCCAUAACCCCCAGGACAUCCCCGCCGACAAACUAACCCAUGUACUGUACGCUUUCGCCAAUGUGCGCCCAGAGAGUGGCGAAGUGUACCUAUCUGACACUUGGUCCGACAUUGAGAAACACUACCCGGGUGACUCGUGGAACGACGUUGGCCACAAUGUCUAUGGCUGCGUGAAGCAGUUGUUCCUUCUCAAGCAGCAGAAUCGGAAACUCAAGGUUCUGCUUUCGAUUGGUGGAUGGACGUACUCGAGUAAUUUCGCUCAGCCAGCUAGUACUGAGCAGGGGAGGACGAGGUUUGCGGAGACGGCUACUAAAUUGGUGUUGGAUUUGGGGUUUGAUGGUUUUGAUGUGGAUUGGGAGUAUCCUCAAAAUGACACUGAAGCGUACAACUUUGUCUUGCUCCUUCAGAAGUGUCGUGAGACCCUAGACCGCGCAGCUGGCCCUAAUCGCAAAUUCCUUCUGACCAUUGCUUGCCCGGCUGGCCCCCAAAACUUUUCCAAGCUCCGACUGCACGAAAUGACCCCAUUGCUCGACUUCUACAAUCUAAUGGCCUACGACUACGCCGGAAGCUGGGAUUCCAUCGCCGGCCACCAAGCCAACAUCUACCCCUCCAACAGCAACCCCGCCUCAACUCCAUUUUCCACCACCGCAGCCCUUUUACACUACACCGAAACCUCCGCGAUCCCUCGUGACAAAAUGGUCCUGGGCAUGCCCCUGUACGGCCGCGCGUUUACCAACACCGACGGCCCCGGAACCCCGUUCUCAGGCGUUGGUGAGGGAAGUUGGGAAAACGGUGUUUGGGACUACAAGGCUCUUCCGCGACCCGGCGCAACCGAGGAAUUAGACCAGUCGGUGGAAGCUUCGUGGUGUUAUAGCCCUGCGACCCGCACGAUGGUCUCGUACGAUACCGUGCCGAUGACACAAAUGAAGGCCAACUUUGUCAGGGCGAACCUGCUUGGUGGUGGCAUGUGGUGGGAGACCAGUGGUGAUAAGGGAGGCAAGGCUGCGAAUCCGGCGGAGGGGAGUUUGAUUGGGACGUUUGUUGAGGGUGUCGGAGGGGUGAACGCCCUGGAGCAGUCGGCGAAUAAUCUCGAUUUCCCCGAGAGUCAGUACGACAACCUUAGGUCGGGAUUUCGGUGA